UGUGUAGUGUUACAAUGUUUCAGUGUUACAGUAUAUGCUUAGUGUUAGUAUUACAGUGUUACAGUUUGUGUAGUGUUACAAUGUUUCAGUGUUACAGUAUAUGCUUAGUGUUAGUAUUAGUGUUACAGUUUGUGUAAUGUUUCAGUGUUACAGUAUAUGCUUAGUGUUAGUAUUACAGCGUUACAGUUUAUGUGUAGUGUUACAGUAAUUCAAUGUUAUAGUUUAUGUGCAGUGUUACAGUAUUACAGUGUUACAGUAUAUGUGCAGUGUUAGUGUUACAGUAUUUGUACAAUGCACUCUCUUCUGUUCCAGGUGUUCAGGCUCUGCUAGCUCUGCCUGUGUGAGUCUGCAGCACUGCAGAGGCUCCCAGACCAGAGCAGCCGAGUGCAGAGAUGGGACCGGUUAUAAAUUGACAAGAAGGGGAGGGGUGUUCCUGCAAAACCAGAGCUCAGCAAAAACACACACACACACACACACACAUUUACACACACAGAUCAGAUUUCCUGUGAGCAUUUUAUUACUGUUAUUGUUUCACAGUACAUGCUGUAACAUUAAUGAUUUGCAUUUUGUAAAGAAUUAAUAAAUUAAUUAUUAAAUAUUGCUGAGGUCAUUAAACACCCCCCCCCCCACCUCCACAUGUUAUUCAUCCUUUCAUCACCCUCCCUCCCCCUCUCUCCCCAUCUCUCUCUCUCUCCUCCUUUAGGAUCCUGCGCUCGGUAACGACAUCAUGCCUGUCUGCAGAAGCUCCUGAGCUGAAGCAGCUGCAGUGUAUCCGCUCUCCUGCACUGGAGUGUGUGUGUGUUAGAGUGUGUGUGUGUGUGUGUGUGUGUGUGAGGGCAUCUGGUGCUGCAGGCAUGCAUGGAUCUACAGCGGGAUAAAAACACGUCCAGCGCCCGAACACACACAGGAAACUAUGGAGUGUGUGUAUCUGAGGCAUGGGGCAGGACUCUCUAUUCUACUCCUGCACACCUUUACCUGGGGAUGGACAGGAGCAAUCGAUCCCGCCCCCAAGAUUGACGGACACCAGCGUUCUGAGGUCACUCUGCAGGAAAAUGUCUCCCACCGCUUCAACUGUGAGUCGGAGGGGUGGAGUUCACAGGCUCCGCCCCUUCUCACUUGGUACCUGAACGGACAGCGGCAGAGCGAGGUGACGGGCAGUCGAGGUACAGGGCGCCUGGUAAUGAACUCACCUGAGGGUCCAGGACAGGUGAAGUUCAGCUCAGAGCGGAACAGCAGCUUCACUCUCCAGCCCAGGAAGUGGGACCGCGAGCUGGUGUGUGCCGCCACUAACCCGGCCGGCGGGGAGAGCUACAACGCUACCGUCACCCUUAACGUUCAGUUUCAGCCAGAGAUUCUGCGAGUGAACGCUCACUACAGCGAAACAGCCGACCCUGGUCUCGCCCUGGUCCUCUUCGCUCUGGUUCGCUCCAACCCCCCUGCCACAAUCACCUGGGUGGAUCAGUCCGGCCAGCUGGUGGCCAACUCCACCGACUUUCUCAUCCUGGACUCGAGGAGUUACCCCUGGCUGGCCAACCACAGUCUACAGGUCACUCUGAGCAGCCUGCCACCCAACAUCUCCGUCAGCGUCAACAACAGCAUCGGCACCGUCCAGACCAACCUCACUCUAACAGAAUUCCUGCAGUCCCGGGUGGAGGUGCCGAUGCUGGGGAUUGUUACGGGCGGUGUUGUCGGCUUCAUCACCCUCCUCAUCCUCACACUGAUGGUGCUCUGCCUUCUGCAAAAGGACAAAGGCAAAGCCAUCGAAGAGCCAGUGGCUAUUCCUAUAACCCCACAACGUAAUAACUCAGCGAAGGAGCAGAUGGAUGGAAUGUAUCUGCCCCGGGAGAACAUGUCCCUGCCCUCCAACAUGCAGCUGAACGACCACAGCACUCUCUGCAAAGGACGGCCCAACUCCAAGCAGAGCACUUUACAGAGGAAGACUGAUGAGGAAGACGAGGACCUGUCGUUGGCCUACGCAGCACGAGGUUUCGCCAGAUAUCCCAUGGUCGGUUACAUCUACAAAGUGAACAGCACAAGCAGUGACGAGAUCUGGCUUUGACUCUACUUCUCAACACACACACACACACACACACACACUCUACCAUUUCAGGUUCACGCAUAUUAAGGAUGGCGUUUUUAACCAUUAGCUAUAAGAACAUCCUGUUUUUUUUAAAGCAGAUAGGGCUCAUAUAUUCCAAAGCAUAAAUAUUUAAAUAUUUAAUAUAGUAACAAAUUAAAAGCAAAAAACAGAAGGUUUAUUGUGUACAGCAGCCAAAUGAGAGAUUAUUUGUUCCUCAUAACUGAUCUAAUCAGCUGUGUUUCAUCACGUUCUCCAUAGUUGUACAUUACAUCUAAUCUCAAAAACUAAAAAUUAAACUACAACCUCAUUACAUUUAUUUACAUUUAUUUAUUUUUUUUUAUUACACAUGCCUUAUUCAUAUACUGUAUUAAAAAUAUUACAAAAAAUAAUAA